CGCGCAUCCAAAUACCCCACCCUCAACCCAGCCCUAGCAGUCGACAUAACCUACAUCAAAUACGACCUCCGCUCCGAGCCGCUCUCCUCCAUCCAGACCUCCGCGCACCAGUCCACCGCCCCGCAGCCAGCCAUCACCAAGGGCAAAUGGAAGCCCGGCACAUUCGGCACGUCCGCGUACGCGUCCGAGGUGCGCGUCGUCUCCAAGGCGUUCCCGUGGACGCUCGACGUGCGCGGGCGCCCCGGCGAGGUCUUGACUGUUGGCACGGUGUGGGACGCGUUGCACGCGCUGCUGCAGGAGCCUGUGGUGGACUCGGAGUGGGGCGCGCUGCUGGUGUAUGAGAAGGGCAAGCGGGAGGCGGUUAUUAAGGCGGCGAAGGAGAGGGUGGAGAGGGAGAAGAAGCAGGGAAAGCCGGACGCGGGCGCGGUCGCGCUGAAGAGGAUUGAUUUUCUGGGGGAGCACACGUUAUUUAGGGGGCUCGAGAGGGACGAGGGGUUUGAGGAUACUAGGUUGCUGCCUGGGACGAAGGCGUCUGCGGAGACUUGGGUGGCGAAGAUGGGCAAGGUGUGA